UAUAUCAUACACAUACAACAUGAGCUGAAGCACUACAUACGUUUAACGAUUAUCUGUACAGUUCUACAUAAUAUAAUAUAUUAUCCACGCUAGCACUGUAAUAAUGAACUCAGUCAGUCAAAAUCAACGAGGGUAAGGACAGAAGACCUUUGCUUGGCAACCGCGGCCAAAGUGAACUGUGUUGAUAUAUCAUACUUCGUCACAAUCGUACAACUAUCAUACAUAAAUAUAUGACUACAUAAUGGCAAGCAUUGAUGAAAUUCUGAAAAUGCACGAGGAGGGAGGUUCGAAAAACAAAGAAAAGUUGGCUGAAAUGCUGAUGAAAAAUGUUGAUGACACUUUGGACAAAUUACCACACCAAGGAAUGGCUUAUGGAACUCUCUAUGAAACACUCAACAAACAAAAAGCGAUUUUACAAUUGCAUACUUCCGGAAGUUCAGAUAAGUCGUCCGCCUACUUAUUGGAAUCUGCUGGUGUCUCUGCUAGAAAGCUAUUUUGCAGUAGAAAAAGUGAAGCUAAUCUACCAAUAAUUGAUAGCAGAACAGCAUCCGUGGAUGGAAUUCCAGAUAAGCAAGUUAACCAAGAUGAAAACUUGAUCAAUUUUUCCAUGGACCCCUUGGAGUUUAGAGACCGCCUAAAAGAUCUACCAUCAGACUGCGUCAUCGUGCAGUUGUCUGAACUCUACCCAGGCCAACGGCCGUUUGAUCCUCCCUAUGUGCAAACAAGGCCAUUGCAUCUGGCUCGGUACUGCUGUGGGGAAAACUAUAUGGACCAGUGUGUUCAGGUUAUCGCGCUUCCACAGCCACUGCCAGCAGCCAAAAACUCCGACAUUCUUCAGGAGUUAAAAGCUGUUGUCCAAGAUAACGUUGAACUGAUAUCUGCCGGUAACAAAUUGGGUUACAAACACACAAGAUUGCUGUUGGAAGAGCGUUUUCGAGUUGUACUUGAAGCUGUUCAGGACUGGCUGGGACCAUGGAGAUGUCUCUUGUUGGGACAGAUCUCGAGCAGCAAAGUCAGCUCAUCCUGGAAUAAAACUAUUAGAAAGCUUGCAGAUGAACUAAACAUUGAGGAGGAGAACAUCUCCAAAUUUUCCAUGCUGGCGCAGUGCUCAAAUGUUUUGAAGAAAGUGGACCUUGUGCAUGGCUUGCAAGCGAUUGUUCCCAAGACGGUCAAGAACAUGGUUGAAUUUGUCAGCAAUGCUGCAAAGCUGAUCAAAAAAUAUUCCCAGGAGUGUUUUGGGCUGGAUUUGCUCAAAUUAAAUGAGGUCCAAAGGCAUCCAGUCAUUUUGAUUGUUGACAAUAACAUUUUUGCUGUACCAUGGGAGCAGUUGGACAUCGUUCAGGUGCACCCUAUGUCCCGGAUGCCAUGCCUCGCCCUGGUACAUGCCAUGUUCAAAGCACCAAAAUCCAAACGUGAACUGGAUCCAGGAUCCGCAUUCUUUGUCCUCGACCCUGACAAAAAUCUACCCCGCGCAUCGCAACUGAAGCCUUUGUUUGUUGCUAGGAAUGAAUGGAAAGGGAUCGUAGGGGAAGCUCCUGGAAGUACUGAGAUGAAAAAGCACCUACAGGACGAUGACAUUUACAUCUAUUGCGGACAUGGCUCAGGAUCCCAUCUGAUUCACAACUAUGAUCACAUAAAUCUGAAUGCAGCUGCAAUGCUGAUGGGUUGCAGCAGUGCCGAUCUCUAUAGGCGUGGCGUUCACUGGGAGAUGUCUGGAGCCCCUCUCAAUUUCAUCCUGAGUGGAAGCCCAAUUUGUCUUGGAACGCUGUGGACAGUGACUGAUAGUGAUACUAACAGAAUUACGGUCAGACUGCUUGAGACGUGGCUCCCACCUAAGGAGAAAGACUCCCGAUACAGAAUGGAGCUGUGUUCUCAGGACUUGUCCUUUGCUAAAGUGUUUGAAGAUGUUCUGCCACAAAAGGGUCUGUUAGGAGCUUUGAGAAGUGCACAGUCAGUCGCUACCUCAAAAAUAAUUUCGUCAGCAUUUAUCGCAAUUGGAAUUCCAGUAUAUGUGAAGUAAUAGCUCUAGGCGAUGGAGAGGGUGAUAAAAAUAAAAUUACGUUAUUAUUGCAUUUA